AGUGAGAGGUUAAAAAUGUCAUAAUAUAAAAUGAAAGGAUGGACCUCAUUUACAGUUUGUGGCAAGCUGCGUCGCCUUGUGAAAGUUAAAAAGGUAGGACAUGCUGGAACACUUGAUCCUAUGGCAACAGGGCUAUUGAUUGUAUGUGUUGGUAAAGCCACUAAGUUGGUGGAAAGAUAUCAAGGAUUGAUAAAGGGUUAUAGUGGAGUCUUCCGCUUAGGGGAGGCAACUUCAACUUGGGAUGCUGAUUCACCGGUUGUUCAGCGUGAGCCAUGGGAGCAUAUAAAAGAUGAGGACAUAAAGAAAGCUGCUGCAUCCUUCUGUGGGGAAAUAUGGCAAGUCCCUCCAAUGUUCUCUGCCAUUAAGGUUGGGGGUGAAAAGAUGUAUGAUAAAGCAAGAAGAGGCGAAAGCAUUGAACUUUCACCUAGAAGAAUUUCGAUUUUCAAGUUUGAUAUUGAGCGUAGUCUAGAAGACAGACAAAAUCUGAUUUUCCGCGUGACAUGCUCAAAAGGAACAUAUAUCCGGUCACUGUGUGCAGAUUUUGGGAAAGCUUUGGGCAGUUGUGCUCAUUUAACUGCCCUUCGAAGAGAUUCAAUUGGAGAAUAUUUAGCAGAUGAUGCAUGGGAGUUCAAAGAGCUGGAAGAAGCAAUUACCAAAGGUUAUUUCUAACUGCUAACUCUGGUCUUCAGCCUCACAAAAACUCGGAGCCAUAACCACAAUCAGGAAAAAGAAGCACAGGUCUCCAAGCAUUAACAUAUUGAGAUUUUUGCCACAUUACUCAUUUAUGGUAGUUGAAAAUAUCAUGUCAAGUUAUAGAUCUACUACAUUCAACCCAGUUGCAUAGUGCUCAUUCUUUUGACAUUUGACAUGUUACCAAGGGAGAUAAACACAACGUUGUACAGAAUUUCACAUUGUUCCCAUUUUAUUUUUUCCUCUACAGUGAGUUACUGAACAUGAAAAAUCAAUGACAGAAAGAAGAAAUUUAUGAACAAAUU